AUUCUCCAAGAGAUGAUGGUGAAACAGAGCAUUACACCCGAUUACGAGUUGAUACAUGACGGUGGAGGACGUCAUGUGAAUACCUUUACGUAUCGUGUUACAUGCGACGGUCUCAGUGCAACUGGUACAGGUCGCUGUAAGAAGGAUGCCAAACACGAGGCCGCUAAAGCUAUGUUAGCGGAGAUUGCUGCACACAGAAAUUAUCCACAACUGCCAGCUGCUACCACACCAACGGUGUCUCCGUCAAGGUCACCGUUCCACUCCGUUCCUCCUCUACCAAGGACAUCGGCAAAUGUACCUUUCUUCAACGCCGUAGGUGAAUUACAGGAACUUUGCGCCGAGAAUAAUUUAAAGGAGCCAGAGUACACUCCUAUCCGGGAUGUUGGACCGCCACAUGCUCGAAUCUUCACUAUUCGAUGUAAAGUAUCUAAUUUUGAAGAUAAAACCUUGUAUAGGAAUAUAUGUAUUCUCUUCAAUAAUUAUGAAUCGACAUUUCUUAAAAUAUUCUUGAGUAAUUGUUUUUACGCUCUAGCUGGUAUUAUAAAUUAUUGGUCGAUAUUCGUACCUCACUUUUAUCGAUAA